UCCUACAUGCUGAGUAGGUGACAGUCUGCCCAUGUACUGAAUCUUGGCACCUUUUGGACAAAAAAAGACAUAUUCAACAACAACAACAACAACAAAAAUCAACAUUUUCAGGAUUCUAAUCUAAUUAUAAGCAUGGCAAAGAACACUAAAGCAUAUGUGAAACAGAAGUGAACCUGUGACUAUAUAGCUUUGCUUGAGUCUCAUACCUCAUCAUGGUUGAGCUGCUUAUCUGUUCUGCAACUGAAUCUCUGACCAAAGUGCUUUUCAAGAGGACCUGAGAUGUGAUGCUGGAUUAAAUAGUAAUUUACACUCUCUUGGGAGAAAUGUUGCCUGAAGCUAUUACUCUGAUUUGUAGACGAUGGGCUUUUUGUUUGCUUGUUUGUUUGUUGUUUUUUAAAAUAGUUUUUCAGAUUACUGUACAUUUAUUUAUUUGCGUUAGGAAAGGAUUAAUUAAAUUACUAAAUUGUUAUAUGUAACUUCAUAGUGAUUUGACAAAUCUUUCAACAAGUUGUAGUUGAGAAAUUUCAACAACCUGGCCAGCUGAUGCAGGAAGAUGUGAAUUCCUUAGGAGCUGGAUGUGAAGAAGUACUGGUGAGGAAUACCUUUUCACCUUUGAGGUGUUACUCACUCCUCCAUGUUGUUAGUCCUACAGAAUUUUCACCAGGUGCUGAAAGAGCAAUCUAUUGUGAGGAUCCUAGUGAGUUUGUCACAGGUAGAUGUCUGUUUCUGUUACAUGUCAAUGUAAUUUUCUUCAGAUAAACAGCCAUUAAAACUGGUGUCAGCAAACAAACAUUACAGCUGUGGUGCUAUACUAGCACUUUAAUUAGAGAAGGAUAGAGAUAGUAUAAGUAAUUUUAUAUGGUCCUCCACCUCAUUGGAGAAUAAUUAUUAAAGUUAUAUGGAAAUUAAAGUUCUCAAAUGUAAGGUGAAGGGCUUGGAUUUAAGAUGCAUACUUACAUGCAUAUGUUUUAAAACUUGUUUUAAAAUUUGCUUGAAAUACAGGCAACAUGAAUUUAAAAUAUAAAGGGAAAAGAUAUUUUGAGGUGAGUGCAGACACUUGAAAUACACAUGCCCUACUCAGAAAGCCUGAGUGUAGUACAGCAUCUUAUCAUCAGAGCCAUCAACAAUAAUUCUCUUCCGAAUUAACAUAUAAAAUUAUCAGGUUAAACAUGAAUCAUAUUCAUUGUUUGGGCUGGGCUAAGAAGAGAAGACUGAGCAAAAGGUGAUGAAAGCAGAUGGCCUGUUUAAUUAGAGACUGAGGAUAAUUAUACUGGGAGGUCUCAUUAAAGGCGUGGGAUUUAGUUGCUUCCCUUUUCCUGAAAGGAGUCUUGAGACGUUCUUGCAGAGCGUUUGGAAUAUGUUUUAGUCAGAAGUAGCUUGUGUGGCACGCUAGCUACCAUUCAUAGUUACUUAUUUUAAGUUUUAGAUUUCAUGCUUUUUAUUCUAUUCUCCAUUUCUUCACUUGUGAAACUUUCUUCCUCUCUCUCUCCCUCCUCCUCUCCUCGACCUGUUUUGCUGCUUUCCUUUUUAGGCAACUGAAGGAUGUUAUUGCGAAAAUGACAAAGGAAAAUGCUUCUGUGUUGUAACUUGUUCUGUCAGUCUUCUGCAAGCUGCUGUUCUCACGUUUACCUCCCUGGGUUGGGUUUUUGAAGACAAUUGUUUUAUUCUACCCAGCAGAAAGCACUGAAAGGAAAUGUAGCAUAAGAAAGUGUGAUACUUUUAAGUUAAAUAUUAACCAGAUUCAAACAAGCUCAAGAGUAUUUUGAGUGUGGUUAACUUGUUGGGCGGUCGAACAAGAACGAACUCAAGCAGUGAAGAACAGGCAUGGGGAUACUCUACUCAGAGCCCAUUUGUCAGGCAGCUUAUAACAACGAUUUCAAUAAAGUUCAGUUCCUUUUGGAGAGCAACUGCAACUAUCUGAAUAUCCAGGACAGUUUCAGUGGAGACACCCCCUUAAUUUGUGCAUGUAAAAAGGGAAACAACAGGAUAGUUAGCUAUCUUCUAAGAAGACAUGCUGAUGUCAACCUCAGAAAUAAGAAGGACCGCACUUGCCUGCAUUAUGCUGUGAGAAAACGGUUUACCUUCCUUGACUAUGUGCUCAUCAUAAUCCUCAUGCCAGUUAUGCUUAUUGGAUACCUUCUCAUGGUCUCGAAGACGAAACAGAAUGAAAACCUGAUCAAGAUGUUGCUCAGAGCUGGAGCUGAUGUGAAUGCUACAGACUCUUCUAGUAGCACAGCCCUUCACUAUGCUUGUGAAAUGAAAAAUCAGGAAGUCAUUCCUCUACUGCUUGAAGCUCAUGCAGACACUUCUGUAAAGAAUCAGGAUGGGGAGACUCCCUUAGAUAUAGCAAGAAGACUGCAGUUCCACAACAUUGAAAGCAUGCUAAGAAAAGCUUCCUAGUCAUCAAGGACUCUCAAACAUGCAGAAAAUUACCUCAUCUGACAAUGCAUCUUGCAUAACAGCAAAUGUCCAACAGAGGGUGAAGGCUGUUACUUGAUAAAAACUUGGUCCACAUCCACCCAUUCCUUGCUGUAGACUUUGAUAACUUUGUGUGAGACUUGUCAGUACCCCCAAGGCCAUGUGUGGGGUGAAAGGAGUUAAUUUGAUUUUACUGAGCCAUGAAUGAUUGCAAUAGUGGUCAAAAUAUUGCCCUUCCCAUCUGCUUCAUCAGUCUUAUUACUUGACUUCUGCAGUCUGUGGAUUUUGAAAGCUAGCUAUAAAGUAUCUGGAAGCCUAAAUAUUGCAUAUGGUUGGCAGCCAAUGCAAAAAUAAAAUAUCCUUUAGAGUGCA